GUGUGGUCUUCCCUAGCACAUGGAUUAUGUACUGCUGUUGCCCUAGAGAUGUGGGUGUGACCAGGAAGGUUGCCCUGGAAAUGUGGUCAUGGUCCUGACGUUGCUGCGUCCUCAGGGUGACAGUGCGUUGCGAUGCUAGAUCAGUGAUGUCUCGUGUGGCUCCGUGGAUGUGGACCCCCGUGGCUCAGGAUCUCCGCUUUGCCCGCGGCCACCACUCGUGUACUCCCGUAGGGGGCAGGUUGUAUCUAUAUGGUGGUGUGAAAUCCAGUGACCCCGCAGCGCCCCCUUUGGAGGACAUUGUGAUCUUUGACCCGGAGAAGAAUGCGGCAGAGAGCGUCCCGGGGGGGGCCGGUGUGUUCAGGCGCAGUCACCACGAUGGGGUGGUGCUCGGUGACCGGUGGCUGUGCGUGGUCGGGGGAUGGGAUGGCUCCCGUAGGUUAUCCUCAGUCUUCAGCUAUGACACGGAGACAGGAGAGUGGGCACCUUGGGCAGAGGAGCCCCACAGUAUACCCCCGGCCGGGCUGAGCGCCCACACCUGUACCAAGGUAUCAGAGCAGGAGCUGUGUGUGGUGGGCCGGGAGGGAGGAGUGCGCACGCAACGACGGUACGCCAGUGUGUACACCCUGCGGGUCAACGCCAGCGCCAAGACAUACUCGUACAAGGAGGAGGAGCCCCACACGGCGUCACGCUCUGGGCACUGCGCUGCCCUCUUGUGGGCCCACCCUGGUAGAAGAGACGGGCGAUCCCUCUAUGUAUUUGGAGGAAGAGAAUCGGAGGCCGCAGACUGGAUCGGUCACUGGAAGACAGGAAAAGUCAAGGACGACCCCUCUCCCAGCCCCCGACUUUCCGAGCAGCUCUCCCACCUUGUGUCCUCAGGGAAGGCCAAGCGUGAGGCCCCAAGGAGCCUGCGGCACCAUUCCUGCUCCGUGGUGGGGCCAUUCCUGGUGGUUUUUGGAGGAGAAUCUCUCAGUCGGAGCCGCGAUGCCGUCUGUGGUGACCUCUACAUCUGUGACACACGCUGCACCCCAAUGAGCUGGUUCCGUUUCCCUGGAUCGGAUCCUCUCCAUAGAAGAGUGGCCCACCGCACCUGCCUGCUCAAUGACCGCCUCUACCUGGUGGGGGGAUUUGGCGCGGAUGGCCGGACGCCAUGCCGGGAGAUCUUCGUGCUUGACGUCUAUGAGGAACAGAAAUGAU